AUGGGAAGCAUCGAGGGUUGCCCUGCACACGCCACCGCCGGCGGCGGCACUCGCCCGCGCGACUUCUGGCCCCACACGGUCAAGCUCAACAUCCUGCGCCAGAACCAGCCCGCCACCAACCCGCUGGGCGAGAAGUUCGACUACCGCAAGGCCUUUGAGAAGCUCGACUACGCUGCCCUCAAGGACGACCUCAAGAAGCUGAUGCGCGACAGCCAGGACUGGUGGCCCGCAGACUUCGGCCACUACGGCGGCUUCUUCAUCCGCAUGUCCUGGCACGCCGCCGGCACCUACCGCGUCUUCGACGGCCGCGGCGGCGGCGGCGAGGGCCAGCAGCGCUUCGCCCCGCUCAACAGCUGGCCCGACAACGGCAACCUCGACAAGGCCCGCCGCCUGCUGUGGCCCAUCAAGCAGAAGCACGGCUCCUCCAUCUCGUGGGCCGACCUGUUGCUGCUGGCCGGCAACGUCGCCAUGGAGGACAUGGGCUUCAAGACCUUCGGCUUUGGCGCCGGCCGCCCCGACACCUGGGAGUCGGACGAGUCUGUCUACUGGGGCUCCGAGAAGGACCUGUUCCCCGCCGGCAACAAGGACCGCUACGAGGGCAACACCGACAUCAACAACCGCAAGCUCGAGGAGCCGCUGGGCGCCACCCACCACGGCCUCAUCUACGUCAACCCCGUCGGCCCCGACUUCAACCCCGACCCCGUCGCCGCCGCCAAGGACAUCCGCACCACCUUCGGCCGCAUGGCCAUGAACGACGAGGAGACGGUCGCCCUGAUCGCCGGCGGCCACGCCUUCGGCAAGACCCACGGCGCCUCUUCCGACGGCGACAACCUGGGCCCCGGCCCCGAGGGCGCCCCCAUCCACCGCCAGGGCCUGGGCUGGCACAGCAAGUUCCAGGACGGCAAGGCCUCCAACUCCAUCACCAGCGGCCUCGAGGUGACGUGGACCACGACCCCCACCAAGUGGAGCAACGGCUACCUCACCAGCCUGUUCAAGCACGAGUGGGAGGUCACAAAGGGCCCCGGCGGCGCCUGGCAGUGGAUCGCCAAGGACGGCGACACCAUCAUCCCCCACGCCUUCGACAAGAACAAGAAGCUCAAGCCCACCAUGCUGACGACGGACCUGUCGCUGCGCUUCGACCCCGAGUACGAGAAGAUCUCGCGCCGCUUCCUCGAGCACCAGGACCAGCUCGAGGACGCCUUCGCCCGCGCCUGGUACAAGCUGCUGCACCGCGACAUGGGCCCCAAGUCGCGCUACCUCGGCCCCGAGGUGGCCAAGGAGGACCUGAUCUGGCAGGACCCCGUGCCGCCCGUCGACCACCCGCUCGUCAGCGAGGGCGAGGUCGCCUCGCUCAAGAAGGAGAUCCUCGCCACCGGCCUCGACGUCUCCACCCUCGCCUUCACCGCCUGGUCGUCGGCCUCGUCCUUCCGCAACAGCGACAAGCGCGGCGGCGCCAACGGCGCCCGCAUCCGCCUCGAGCCCAUGCGCAGCUGGGAGGUCAACAACCCCUCCCAGACCGCCACCGUCCUCCAGAAGCUCGAGGACGUGCAGAACAAGUUCAACUCGUCCGCCUCGGGCGGCAAGAAGAUCUCGCUGGCCGACCUGAUCGUGCUGGCGGGCGCCGCCGCCGUCGAGAAGGCGGCCAAGGACGCCGGCGUCGGCGUCACCGUCCCCUUCACCCCCGGCCGCACCGACGCCAGCCAGGAGCAGACGGAGGACUCGCUCAAGCACCUCGAGCCCAAGAUCGACGGCUUCCGCAACUACGGCCGCUCGUCGAAGCGCGUCCGGGCCGAGCAGUGGCUCGUCGACCGCGCCAACCUGCUCACCCUCACCCCGCCCGAGCUGACGGUGCUCGUCGGCGGCCUGCGCGCCCUCAACGCCAACUACGACAAGUCGGACAAGGGCGUCCUCACCAAGACGCCGGGUAAGCUCACGAACGACUUUUUCGUCAACCUGCUCGACAUGGGCACCGAGUGGCAGCCCGUCGACGGCGACGAGGAAGAGGUCUUCGAGGCGAUUGACCGCAAGACGGGCGAGCGGAGGUGGACGGCCACGCGCGCCGAUCUGAUCUUCGGUUCGCACGCCGAGCUGCGCGCCAUCUCGGAGGAGUACGCGAGCGCGGGCGUGCAGGAGAAGUUCGUCAAGGACUUCGUGAGGGCGUGGGACAAGGUCAUGAUGCUGGAUCGCUUCGACGUGAACGUCGACGAGAUUCGCAAGGGGCGCGAGUCGAGCGUGCCGAGGCUCUAG